CCCAGCCAAAUGCACCACACACCCUUCAAUCUCUCUCUACAUCUCCCCCCCUCUCUCUCUCUCAAGCACAUUCUCACACACACACAUACACACAUCUUUAGCUUUCCUCAAGUGAGUGAAAAAUGAAGGCAUCAUACAUUGCAGUACUCUGCACUCUGCUGCUGCUGCUCCUUGCUAAAGCACAUGUAACAAUGGCAGUAACAUGCAACCCCACACAGCUGAGCCCUUGUGUGAGUGCAAUCACAUCUUCCAGUGCACCAUCUACAGUCUGCUGCAGUAAGAUCAAGGAACAGAAACCCUGCCUCUGCCAAUACCUCAAGAAUCCCAAUCUCAAAAAGUUUGUGAACUCCCCCAAUGCAAGGAAAGUUGCAAACACUUGUGGAACUCCCUUCCCCAAGUGCUAGAUGGCUGAAAACAGUGAAGGGAAUGUUUCUCCAUCCCAUAUGUGCCAAGCUUCUUUGAUGCAUUGUGUCAAGGGUGGAGAUAAUUAGAGGGUCAAUUAAUUUUAUGUUAAAGUUGGUGUGGUCUAUUAUAUAUAUAUCUUAUGCUAGCUAGUAGUAGCAGUAUUUGUGAUGGAAAUAAUGUUGGGUCAUGGAUGCACACAUGUUCCCACAUUGAGUCUGUUGGAGUGGUUUAAUUAUCAUAUAUACUAGUUGUUGCAAGGCUACUAAUGUACUAUCAAAAUCAAUGUUGUUGAAUCAUAGCUACCAUGUCCUGCUGCUUUA